UUUAAAAGGCUGGAAAAUGUAUCUAUACGACUGCUACUAUUUCAGCAAGGAUCAGAAGAAUUGGACAGAUGCAAAGUCAUCUUGCCAAAGCAAAGCAAGUAUGCUAGCAGAGGUUGUAUCAUCGGACCAGAGAGAUUUUCUGAAAACAAAAGCUGAAGAAAACAGAUAUACGUUUUGGUUGGGAGGGACCGACAUUGUGACUGAGAGUGUAUGGAUGUGGACAACCAGUCAAACGACCUUCACAUUUACAGACUGGCAUCCCAAUAACCCAAGUAAUGAUGACGGAAAUGAGAAUUGUCUGGAAAUGCGACAAUCGGUUGAUUUCCUAUGGAAUGAUAAUUUCUGUUACCACACCAAUAAUUACAUCUGUCAAAGACCGUAUAUCUAAACAGUUGAACAGGAUAUUCAAAAGAACAAGAGAAAGCACUCCAUCAUCAUAUAAUUGUAUCAUUUAAGCUUUAUACAUGCAUUCUGUUUUACAAACU